UAAGAAAAAGAAAAGACCACACUUAAAAGGUCUUGCCUUUUAGGUGUGUUUCCUCGCACUUUCAGGCUGAACAAAAAAGUACUGACAGAUGCUAAUAAAUUAUAAAUACACGAGGAGCAAGAAAAUGUAUAUUUACUAAUUGUAAUAAUAAAAAAAAAAAAGUGAUCUGAGAUUUUCAUUUCAGGUUCUUUUUUUUUUCUUUUGGAUUCAGAAUCAAAUGGAAGAAGCUUUGUUGGGCAUUUGUGGAUUUGAUUCUUCGAAGAAAUAUCGAUUAGAAGAACUUGCCAAGUAUCAGUCUGGUUCAUGUAUUGAGUUUGAAGAUGAUGAAAUGGCAGUGGAGUAUCCGUGCCCGUUUUGCUCAGAUGAUUAUGAUUUGGUUGAAUUGUGUCUCCAUAUCGACGAGGAGCAUCAUCAACUAGACGCUAACAAUGGGAUAUGUCCGGUUUGUAGCAGACGGGUGAAAAUGCAUAUGGUUGAUCACAUUACCACGCAGCACAGAGAUGUCUUAAAGCUUGAACAAAAGCAGAGACUUUACAAGGAUGAGACAUAUUCAGCGUUUUCUCCAGGGACUAGGAAAUAUUUACAGUCUCUAAUGGAUGAGCCACUGUCUACUAACCAUACAUCUAAAAGUGUUCCUGACCCGUUAUUAUCAUUUAUCUACAAUCCGCCGUCACAAAACCAGUCCAAGCUUGUACUGCCUGAUUUGUCAGGUGAAGCAAGCUUGGAAGAGAAGAGCUCUAUUAGGGAUUCAACAGAGAAAGACGGGAAACUGCUGCCUCCCUUGUCAAAUACGGAGCUACUAGAGAAGGCAAAGAAGAGAGAGUUUGUACAAGGUCUAAUAUCAUCAGCCAUAUUCGAUCAUAUCGACAACUUUUGAGUAAGAAUUAGAGAAGAUGUGAUACAUUGUUUGAAUCUUUGUUGCUCUUAGUGUUAAGUAUUUAUAUAUGAUACUCUGGCAAAGUACACUAGAGUAGUCUAUAAUAUAAGCCAAUGAGCUUCUUCUGUUUAUCUUCAAA